AUGGCUUGGUCUGAAGACGCUGCCGGAAUGGGCUUCACCAAAGACGAUGAGGAUCGCUCCCCCGAUCUAAGCGAUGAGCUGAACCACAACCAGAAACUCAAGAGCGUCGAUCUGGAGGGCCAGGGACGUCGACAGUCCCAUCAUCAUGUCACGACCGUGGACGAUACUUCGUCCACAAGUGAAAGUGUUGGCCGCCAGAUUGAGUUGGAGUCGGAGAAUCAGAUCAAGUAUCGCACUUGCAGUUGGGAAAAGACUGCGGCUUUGCUAUUUUCCGAGUAUAUUUGUCUGGCGAUCAUGUCGUUCCCAUGGUCAUAUUCAAUUCUGGGGCUCGUGCCUGGAUUAAUCUUAACAGUGGUGAUUGCGGGAAUUGUGCUCUACACUUCUUUGACAGUUUGGCGAUUUUGCCUCAGACAUCCCGAGAUCCGCGAUGUCUGCGAUCUGGGCCAGUACCUCUUCUGGGACUCCAAGAUUGCAUGGUGGGCCACAGCGGUCAUGUUCCUCCUGAACAAUACCUUCAUUCAAGGUCUGCACUGUGUCGUCGGGGCUGAAUAUCUCAACACCAUGUCCGAUGGUGCGGUCUGCACUGUGGUAUUCUCCCUCAUCGUUGCGAUUGUUUCCUUCUUUUUUUCGCUUCCUCGCACAUUCAGCACGUUGUCUCGGGUGGCCACCUUUUCCGCCUUCUUCACUUUUGUCUCCGUGCUGUUGGCGACCAUCUUCGCCGGCAUCGAAGGUCAUCCUGCCGGCUAUAAGCCGAACGCUGGGGUCGAUUGGCUGGUUGUCCCGGCCAAGGGAACGUCUUUCAUCAAGGGUAUGAGUGCGUUCCUGAAUAUCAGUUACACGUUCAUCGGACAGAUCACCCUGCCCAGCUUCAUCGCGGAGAUGAAGGAACCACGGGACUUUUGGAAGUCCGUCACCGCCGUGACCAUCGCCGAGGUCAUUGUCUUCAGCAUUGUGGGCGCCGUCAUCUAUGUUUACUCUGGUCAGUACACGACUGCACCCGCCUUUGGUUCCCUGUCGGAUGAAGUCUACAAGAAAGUCGCAUUCUCGUUCAUGAUUCCGACCAUCAUCUUCUUGGGGGUGCUCUACGCUUCCGUGUCGGCGCGUUUCAUUUUCUUCCGCUUGUUUGAUGGCACUCGCCACAAGGGCAACAACACCGUUGUCGGAUGGGCUGCGUGGGCGGCCAUCCUGGCUACCCUCUGGGUUGGGGCCUGGAUCAUCGCGGAGGUGAUCCCCUUCUUCUCGGACCUGCUUUCCAUCAUGAGCUCUCUGUUCGAUUCCUUCUUUGGAUUCAUCUUCUGGGGCGUGGCUUAUAUUCGGAUGCGCGCUGCCGAUCAUGGCCCCGAUUUUUACAAGACACGAGGUCUUCGGGGCUGGAUUGGUUUCAUCUUCAACGUUUUCCUGAUCGUCGUCGGAUUCUUCUUCCUGGGACCAGGAACCUACGCCUCUGUCAUGUCCGUCGUCCAAAGUUAUCAGGACGGCACUGUCGGUAGUGUCUUUACUUGCAAGAGUAAUGCGUUGUAA